AUGCGGUCCGGGCUGGCUGCUGUCGGGGAUCUUCCACGGAAACCAGAUCACCCUUGCUCGUCAAGUAGUGUUGUGGUGGAUGCUGAUGAUGACGACAGACAAGUGCGAAUGUUCAGUACACGGUUGGCUGAUAAACCGGACAAUGAAAGCGGUCAGGCGAAGCGAGUGAAACUAUCCAGUGUGCGAGCUACUUCCGGAUCGCAUCCUCAACUGCAAGAACUGGAAGCUGCUGAGCAAAAGCUUAAAAGAGAAAGGUCACCAGGACCGUGUCCAUGUUGCGCUGCUAUUACCGGAAGAAAACUGAAGCCAUGGCAAAUGGGUGACCAGCCUUUCAUCAUAACCAGAGAUAACUCCAUUCACGAAAAUACCGUUUGUCCUGGUUGCCGCCAGAAGUUUAUCGACAAUCCUCCAAAACAAAAUCUGAUAAUUAUGCGAAAAUAA